CUUUGAUACUCCACCAGUUUGAAGCCUGGACCGCGAAGGAAUUCCUGUUCCAAUCCAUUUCCCUCCUCCUCUAUCGUCCAUACUUUAGCAUAUGCCUCUAUCCGCUUGGCUAACGUGCCCGUGACAUCCAUCCCUCCGCCUGGACGCCUGUCGACGUUUUGCCGCACUGAAUCUACCCUACAGUCCAGCCGCUUUGCGGCGCAUGGUUCAACCGACAGAAGCUAUUCUCCCGAAAUCGAUCGUUGGGUACUGUGAGCUUCGGGCAACAUUAGCAUCAUGGCUGUAAAUCGCAUACGAGGGGCGUUUCAAGUCCCCAAAAAGGGCGAAACGUUCGAACUAAGGGCGGGCCUAGUAUCUCAGUAUGCCCACGAGAGAAAGGAAGCUAUUCAGAAAACUAUCAUGGCAAUGACGUUGGGGAAGGACGUAUCUGCUCUGUUUCCUGAUGUGCUAAAGAACAUUGCUACCGGCGACCUCGAUCAGAAGAAGCUGGUGUACCUAUAUCUCAUGAACUACGCCAAAUCUCACCCCGACCUCUGCAUUCUCGCCGUCAAUACGUUCGUCCAAGACUCCGAAGAUCCGAACCCAUUGGUCAGAGCGCUCGCCGUCCGGACAAUGGGAUGCAUCCGUGUGGACAAAAUGGUGGAUUACAUGGAAGAACCCCUCCGAAAAACCCUACGGGACGAGUCCCCAUACGUUCGGAAGACGGCGGUGAUCUGUGUCGCGAAACUGUUCGACCUCAACCCUCCCAUGUGCAUCGAAAACGGAUUCAUCGAAACCGUGCAGGAUCUGGUGGGCGAUCCGAACCCCAUGGUCGUGGCCAAUUCGGUCACCGCGCUCGCCGAGAUCCACGAGCAAUCGCCGGAAACCAAAGCGUUGAUCAUCACGCCUGCCACGUUGAAGAAAAUGCUGAUGGCCCUCAACGAGUGUACCGAGUGGGGCCGCAUAUCGAUCUUGUCGAGCCUGGCGGAGUAUCGAGCCGCGGACGUCAAGGAGGCGGAGCACAUCUGCGAACGGGUGGUCCCGCAGUUCCAGCAUGCGAAUCCGAGCGUGGUGCUCUCGGCCGUGAAGGUGGUCUUCCUGCACAUGCGAUACAUCGGUCAAGAGGCUGCACGGUCGUACUUGAAGAAGAUGGCCCCGCCAUUAGUUACCCUGGUAUCGUCGGAACCCGAGGUUCAAUAUGUUGCUCUACGCAACAUCGAUCUCCUCCUCCAAAGCCAACCUGGCAUCCUCAGCAAAGAGAUGCGUGUCUUUUUCUGCAAAUACAAUGACCCGCCAUACCUCAAGUUGGAGAAGCUCGAGAUCAUGGUUCGAAUCGCGAACGACAAAAACGUGGAGCAGCUGCUUGCCGAAUUGAAGGAAUAUGCCAUGGAAGUCGACAUGGAUUUCUGUCGAAGGGCCGUCAAGGCCAUCGGUCAGGUUGCCAUCAAGAUCGCCAGCGCGACAGAAAAGUGCGUGAACGUACUACUGGACCUGAUCGCUAUGAAAGUCGGCUAUGUGGUUCAAGAAGCCAUCGUGGUCAUCAAGGAUAUAUUCAGAAAGUAUCCUGGAUACGAAGGCAUCAUCCCAACGCUGUGUCAGCACAUCGAUGACUUGGACGAACCGAACGCGAGGAGCUCAUUGAUCUGGAUCAUCGGAGAGUAUGCUGAGAAAAUCAAUAAUGCAGGCGACAUAUUGUCCAACUUCGUGGACGGUUUCGGCGAGGAGUUUCCUCAGACACAACUUCAAAUAUUAACGGCGGUUGUCAAACUGUUUUUGAAGAAGCCGGACCAAAGCCAAGGACUGGUCCAGAAAGUUCUCCAGCGAGCAACCGCCGAGAACGACAAUCCUGACAUUCGCGAUCGAGCUUACGUAUACUGGAGAUUGCUAUCGAGCGAUCCGGAAAUCGCAAAGAACGUCGUCCUGUCCGAACGGCCACCCAUCCCUUCGACCAUCCAAUCGUUACCACAACCGUUACUCGAGCAACUUCUCACCGAACUCUCAACCCUCGCAUCCGUCUACCAUAAGCCUCCAUCCGCGUUUCUUGGCCAAGGCCGUUUCGGGGCCGAAGCCAUGCAGAAGGCCGCUAUCGAGGAACAACAGCAACUCGAACGCGAAAACCCCAUCGCCGCAGCCGCGGUCGCCUCCGUCACCGGCGGCCAACUACCCCAGACCAACGCCGAAAACCUCCUUGACAUCGACUUCGACGGCGCCGCCCCGGCCUCGCUGCAGAAAGAACCGCACACCGGCUCCUCUGGGCUGGAAGGCCUGGCCGGCACGCCGCAGCGGGUGGGGUCACCUUCCGGCGCACCGUCCACGGCGCCGCAGAAUGCGAUGGACGACUUGAUGGGGUUGUUCGGCAACGGGACGGGAGGGGCAGCACCCACGUCGGCACCGGCCGCGGGAACGGGUGAUUUAAUGAAUGGGUUCGGGGGGCUGGAUCUGAGCGGUGGGCAGCCGACGACGUCGCCGCCUCCGGCAUCAUCGUCGGCGCAGAAGAAGACAUCGGAAGAUAUCCUAGGGCUGUUUUAGGGGGCUUGUUUCCUCGCCCGCGAGGAUGGGAGGUCGAGUAUGCGAUGGCAUGUACGACGGGAAAUAGGUUAUCCAUUAGCGAUUUAGCAGGUCAUGGUACACCGCAAAAAGCUUUAUUUUGGUCGGCAUGCGCCGCGUAUGGAUUAACGGGGUGGAGCAGUAGAAUCCUCGAAGCAAAAUAUACCUUUUGGACUUUA